AGUAACCUGACACUGACUUUCUUCUUCUCUCUGAUUUUUUGCCCACUGAUUCUUCAAAGAAAAUCUGAACCUUGCUUCUAUUUAAAAAGCCUCAGAAAUAUGCUUUUCAGCCACCUGUUAGCUAAUGCUCAUUGCCUCAGUCUACAAAUGAGGAUGAUCAUGAUCUCAUGGUUGCUACUGCUCUCACUCUUCAGACAAAGCAUGCAAGAUGGACAAGGAGAUGGUGUUUUGCGUUGUGGACCUCAGAAUGUGACUCUUGACUACGACAGUUUCCUGUUAAAGUGGGAAGAUGACCCGUCUUGCUCUGUGAUACGAGAUGGGCUCGUGUACGAGCUGCAGCUUCUCACUGCAGACAAACCUGUACACAAUGGUGAAGUUGUUGUGACACCUGCACAGAUAGGAUCUACUCAUUCCUGGAAAUGGACUUCCCAUUUACCAUCGCAGUGUGCUCGCCAUUCAGUCCGGCUUAGGUCCCAAUACAACAACCAAUCAAGCCCAUGGAUGCAGAAGACGCUACCUGACCAGGGUGAAAUACUGGUUCUCCCAAGAGACCAAAUAUUCAAGGUGGGCAGCACAGCCACAUUCUGCUGUACGGUGCCAGAUGGGGAAAGUAUUAAAACAAUGUUUCUACCCAACUAUAAAGGCGCUAAUUUAAAUGCUACAAAGAUCAGUGAACAUGUGCAUUCCCUGACUGUUCACUUGGACCAAGAAUCAGAAAACUGGAGUGAUGUAAUAUGUGAAACAACCAAAGGAAACAUCAGUGGAGCCAGUUUUCAUGCCAGCUACCCUCCUGAUGACAGUGAUCUUCAGUGUGAAACCCGGGAUCUGGAAUCAAUCGAUUGUUUUUGGAAUGUAGGAAGGGCAGCAAAUGAACAUCCUGCAAUGGAAAGAAUAUAUCAGCUCCAAGGAAGCCCAUGCAUCAAUGGACAUUCGGGAAAAUGCUCACAAAAAGUAGAGGUGGAUACAGUUGAGAGGAACUGGACCUUAACAGCAACUAAUCGGCUGGGAAAGCUCGAGCUCUGUGACAGGGCAAACCUGACCAAAAGAGUGCACAUGGUCGCGCCAGAAAAAGUGGCAGCUUCAACUGUGAACCCCAGAAACAUCAGUCUGAAAUGGAGCUGGACUGUGCAGAAGUACAGUAAUCUCAACCUCACAUGCCAAGUAGAUGUCAGCAAUGGAGACUCUAAUACCAAAGUUUUCCAGACUGAAAACUUUGGAGUUGGCCUCACAGCUGCAGUUAUCAAGGACUUGAUACCACACUGGGACUAUGACGUGAGGGUUCGAUGUGGAACAGCACAGCAUUUCUGGAAAUGGGGUGACUGGAGCAAAAGUGUCAAAAUCCGCACAAAGGGUGAUGUCGCUCGCAAAGCCACCAACCUGAUUGAAAAGAACCUGAACAUCAGUUCGUACACCUUCAUGGUAAACGCACAAACAGCAGUUUUAUCCAACAGCGUUACCUUGAAUCCACCGACUUACUUGACAGUGCUGACCAUGAUAGCCCUGGGAGCAGUUUUUAUUAUUCUGUCCAUCUGCACAAUCCUCUGCUACAGACACCGGGUGUGCAUCAAGCACAAAGUUCAUUCACCAAUCCCAAAGCCGGUGCUGACAGACAAGUGGCUGACAUCACCAAAUGAACAUGCCAUUCAUCAUCAUCACUUCGGUCAGAGUCACUACAGCGAGGUCAUGGAUGUUCCUGAACUGCAUGAUAAUGUCAGACCACUAGAGCCUGUUGGUAGCCAGGACUUGAUGUAUUGUACCUUCUCUCCAUCUUCCAAAGAUGACUACAAUAGGCUUCUGCAGAAACCCCUGCCAUGCCCCACUUUACCCACCGAGGAGUAACCACACAGUCCCAUUUCCUGUGUGUCCACAUACAUUUUAUUAACACCAAGACAUCUGCAUAGCUGCUGGAUGUGUGAACACAUUUAAACCUUACAGGGGAACUUUAGACAUCAUUAACUACAACAUAAUUAAUCAACUUCAUUAUCGUCUUCAGCUAGGGUUAGGGCUGGGUUUUGCUUUAGUCACAUGCUAAACUGAAAAGAGGAAAAAAAAGAUGUUUCCUUUCAAAUGAAGUCUAAGAUGUAUGUUUUGAAAUCAAAGCUUUAAUUAAACAGAUACAAGCUAAAACACUGUUUUA